UGCGUUACUCAAAUUGACCCUUGUGAAGAAUUUGCGUUGGAAACUGUUCCCGUUAUGUAAUUGCGAGCCAGCCUCCUUGACAAUUUUGUUGUUGAAUGUUGAGACUUCAUAAUCUGAAGAAAAAUUCUCUUGGUGUCUCUGUGUUUUUUAAAUUUCCACUUUGUCUUCUGAUCUUUUUCAAAUUUCCCUUCUUUUUUAUCUUUUUGUUCCUUUGCAUGGACCCUUCAAAGUUCAAACCCUAUUCUCAAGUUUAAAUUUUGAAACCGGAGGAUAGCGUGAGGCAAGAAUAUAUACAAUGGUCCCAAUCUAGUUUUCUUGCUGCAGUACACAAUAGAUAUUGUUGGCAUCUGUUACGGCGACCAUACUUUUUAUCCUCGCUUCCUGUGCAUGUUCUUCAGAUCGCUCAGAACCCCUUUUUGUUUUUGUUUAAAAGGAAGUUGGGGGAAGAUAAGAACUUUUCUUCACACUCAGUAAAUGCACUGAUGAGAUCUGGAGGAGAGGAUGAAGGUGCUGACCAUGGGGAUAGAAGAUGAAGAAGUGGGAGAUACAUUUGCAGAAAGGGCAGAAUCAUACUAUCAGAAGCGUCCUCAGCUGCUGACACUCUUGCAGGAUCUGUACAAUGGCUAUAUUACCUUGUCUGAUCGUUACAUCCAGACGUUGGCCAAACACAAGCACCACCACCAUCACCAUAGCAGACACUCAUCUCAAGUUUCAACCAUUGAAGAUGGCUAUUCAGACCAAGAAGAAGCAGCCAGUGGGAUGAGCCAGGUUGAUUCUGAUAUGGAAAGCUCACUGUCUUACCAGCAGCAGCCUACUCCUCCUCAAACCAAGUUCUCCAACACUCCCUUGAUUGACAUAGAUUCCAUUGUUGCUGAGCUUGUGAUCAAGAACGUGGACUAUGAGAUUAUGAUCCAUGAGGUCUGUGUGAUGGAGAAGAAGUAUGGGGAGUCUUCAAGGAAAAUAGAUCUCCAGAAGAGCCUGCUUGAGGUUUUGGAGUCAGAGAGGCUUGUUCUGCUGAAUGAGAAUGCUAGCUUGGGAUUCAGAGUAAAGGCUUUAGUGGAAGAGAACAAAGGCUUGGCCUCAGAGUCUAUGUUUGUGAAGAGGAAGGCAGGGGAAUUAGCCAAGUGUGUGGUGAAGAUGAGGGAGGAUCAUAGAGUGUUCAUGCUGCAUAGGAAAAUUGAAGAUCUUCAGGCACAGAUCAAUGGAUUGGAGAAAAGGAACAAGGAAUAUUACGAGCAGCUUCUGAGAAGAGAUUACAAUGGACGAGAGGAUAAUGAUAGUGGCUGUUUGGAGAAGAAGGUCAAGAACAGUGAUGGGAUAGCUUUGGAGAUUCGGCUUCAUAUGCAGAGACUGAGUCGAAGGUUCAAGUGGAAGGAAGAUAUUGCAGGAAAGGAUUGUGAGUUGAAGAAAGUUCCUAAUUUGUGGAAGAAAGUGAAGAACAUGGACUUUCUUCUCUGUGGAAUGAACCCCACAUGUGCUUGAUUUAACUGUGAUGUGAUUAUCACAAGUUAAGCUAUAAUUUAGGUACACAUUUGGGUCUUCAGCUAUUUAUAUAUAUAUGUAGGUCACUGAGUAGCUACUGUUAUGUCUCACAAUGAGAUCCUAACCUGAGACAAUGCUAGGUGCUGUAUGUUUUUGGAAAAAAAAAAAACUAAUUGCAGAUGAGUUUUCAUGUUAUUGUAAAGCCAAAGUAGAGUGAAACUGUCUCUUGUCUCACUGUGGAGCUGCUUAGUUCUGCACAACUGGUCCUGUAUCUUUAAAUGCAUAUUCUGUAUUCCUUAAUCAUUGACAGCAAGUGGUAGGUAAUACAUUUUAAGAUUAUCAA